AGUCUCACUGAACGGGCUCUGGUGUCUUCUGACCCACACCGAAGCCUGCUGGUUAAAAAAAUUAUAAUGUUGCAAUUCCUUUCAGACAUUUGUUUAAAAAAAAAUACAAUAAAAUAAAAUAAGUGAUAAUUUACCUCAGACAAGGACGUUGAUGAGAAAGCCGUUCAGCCCCUCUGACAGGGAAACACAGAGCUGAAGGUCUGACUGGGAGGAGUCUCAGACUCAGUUUCGUAAUCUGCCUCUGGGGGCCAAGCUCAGGGGAGGCAGCCGAGGCGGGCUCCUCUGUGACGCUCCCCAGUGCCAUUUUCUCAUCUCAGAAAUUAUUUUCUCAGCUUUCAGGAGUUUGCAGCACCCUGAAGUUCAGAUUCUGAGAGCUUGGCUGAUUUAUCUUCUUCCUCAAGCUGAACAAAUACUGACUGCUACAUUUCUGAGGAAGAUCUUGGGAUCUGGAAUACGGGAGAAUCCUCAGUGAGGCUCAGCCACACCCGGAGAGAUGGGGAGUGACUACAAGAGAAUUAUUCUGCUGAAGGGACUGGAGGUCAUCAACGAGUACCAGUUCAGCAUAGUCAAGUCCCUGCUGGCCCGCGAUCUGAGACUCACCAGAAAAAUGCAAGAAGAGUGUAACAAGGUCCAGAUUGCUGACCUGAUGGAAAGGAAGUUCCCAGGGCCUACCUGUGUGGACAAGCUAGUAAAUCUGUUCAAAGACAUAGAAGGGCUUGGAGACAUUGUUAAAACUCUUAAAAAUGAGAAGAAAAAAGUUAUGAGGCAAAGCGGAGCAAGAGGGAAAGAGCCCAUGAAGAAAAGAAAGCGGGAUUCACCCAGUACAGACGAAUCCACAUCUACCAUGAACGAAGCUUCGGGAUCAGUCCAUGAUGCAGUCAUGUCCAAGAAAAAGAAAAUCAAAACAAAACAAGAAGAUGAAUCUAUGAGGACCCAGCCAACCCAAGAACAGAGUGAGCUUCCAGGACCGUCUGCAACCAGCACACAGUCAACUUGUAGCUACCCUCAGACUCCGCAGGUGCCUGCACCGACCCCGGGCAGCAGUUCUGCAACUAAGAACAAGAAAAUGGAAACCACACAAAAUGAUGGACCUAAGAAGACCCAGCCAACCCAGGGACAGAGUCAGCUUCCAGGACCUUCUGCAACCAGCACACAGUCAACUUGUAGCUACCCUCAGACUCCGCAGAUGCCUGCACAGACCCCAGGCAGCAGUUCCACAACCAAGAAACCAAGAUUGAAGGUUGUACCCACAGAAGCUUCCACAGAAGAGGGUUUCCAGAAGGGCCCCAAGGAAGUGAUGGUGUUGAAAGCAACAGAACCAUUUACAUAUGAUCCCCUGAAAGCAGAGAAAAAGAUGUUCCAUGCCACCGUGGCUACUGAGAGCCAAUUCUUCCACGUAAAGGUUUUUCAUGUCAGCCUGAAGAAUAAGUUCAUCCCAAAGAAUAUCAUCGCCAUAUCAGAUUACCAUGGUCGCAAUGGGUUCCUGGAGCUGUAUGGUACCUCUCAGGUGUCUGAUGUCAAUUCUGACCAAAAGAUGGAAAUCUCAAGCAGACUAAUCCAAAAUGCAAAAGCAACUCCUAAAAUCAAUACUCUUUACUCACAAAAGCCAGGAACAUUUGUGAGUGGGAUAUAUCAGGUGCAUAAGAAAAACGUGUUGAGUGAGAACAUCAUUUUGUAUGAAAUACAAGAUAAUACAGGGAAGAUAGAGGUCUUUGUGUAUGGACGACUGACCAACAUCAACUGUGAGGAAGGCGAUAAACUCAAACUCAUCUGCUUUGAACUCAGCACAGAUCCGAGACAGCUGAGAUCUGUAAUUCACAGUUUCAUCAAGGUCAUCAAGCCCAGGAAAAACAAAAAACAACCACUCGGUCCUGAUUCACAUAUGGAAAUCUCACUGUAAUAUCCUUCUAAAAACCUGGAUGCCAUUAACAAUGAUGCUAUGGAGGUAAAAUCUAAGUAUAGAAAAAAAAAUACACACAUAUAUAUGAGAGAAGUUCAAGAUAUACCAGCAUUAAUUCUGGGAAAUAGAGUGGUAAUGGGUACUUUUUAUUUUAUUUUUUAUACUUUCAUACUUUUCUGUGCCUGUGACCAUAUUUUGCGUGUAUAAUUUUUAUAACUUGGAAAAAAUAAUAAACUUUUUUUUAUUGUAAAGGAAUUCUAUAACAGGAGUCUAACUCU